AUGCUCGUCACUAUAGCCUGGUGGGCGUGCACAACGUUCAUUUCCCUCGCCAUCGGAAAUAUCAUUCGCAAGACCUUCUUCACCCGCAUCCAAUUGCCGGGCCCCGUGCAGGCUCCAUGGUAUAAACGCCUCUUCCUCGAGCCUGAUCCCCGACAAAUCGCCACUUGGGCCAUCACCGUCCCGAAUAAAGGCUUGAUACGCUACCAUGGAAUCCUGAACCAAGAGCGAAUUCUGGUCACCUCCCCUCAAGGAGUCCGAGAUAUCCUCACCACCACCCAAACGUAUGCCUUUCAGAAAACCGAGGCAUCCAGGACGAUUUUGCGAUCGAUCCUCGGAGAUGGUCUGGUCGUUGCAGAGGGUCAAGCGCAUAAACUUCAGAGAAAAUUGCUGCAGCCUGCUUUUAAUGUCCGUCAAGUCAAGGGCUUGUAUCCACUUUUCUGGAGCAARACCAUCGAACUGAUCAACCUGCUGCGUGAGCGGUCUGGCGACGAGGACAUCAAUCUGAAUGAUUUGAUCAGCCGUGCUGCCUUGGAUAUCAUCGGCAUAGGUGGUUUGGGUCUAGAUCUUGAGAAUCUUGCCGGUCACUCGGAUCAAUUCUUCCAAGCAUACAUGCAAGCUGCUAGACCCAGUCCCACGGCGYAGAAAUUGAGAUUCUGGGCCUCGAUUCUCCCUGAGUACAUGCUCAACCUGCUGCCCUUGAAGCGGCAUGCAGAACUUAAAGGCGCCAGCAAUGCGGUGCGGCAUCUGAUCAGCGCUGCUGUUGCAAAGCGGCGACAAGCCGCGACCAGUAGCACUGACAAAGACAUUCUCAGCAUCCUCCUCAAUACUGGAGCUAUAGAAGAAGAUAUCGAUGUCCUCUCCAACCAAGGAAUGACAUUUCUUGGCGGAGGGCAUGAUACCGUCAGCCAGACGAUGUUGUGGGCAAUCUGCGAAUUGAGUAAACAUCCCGAGAUGCAAGAAAAAUUACGAGGAGAGAUUCGAACCAUCAUCCCAGACUUCUCCAUCACAGAUACUAUUCCUCCUCCUCCGAUGAUAAUGAAAAUUCUAGAACGCCUGGAAACUCUACCACUCCUCACAGCAUUCUGCAACGAGAUCUUCCGCUUCUACGCCGCGAUACCCAAUCUCGACCGCGAAGCUCUGUCACCCGUCGUUGUAAAUGGGAUGAAAUUUCCCAAAGGCACGACAUUCAUGAUAUCAAUCGGUGGUCUGAAUCGUAAUCCCCAGCUCUGGCAAGAAGACCCUUUAGUAUUCGACCCGACCAGAUGGUUGAGACACGGUAAUGGGGGUGUCACAACCAGAGAGGGCUUCCUAGCUUUUGGAAGUGGGCCGAGGGCUUGUAUAGGGGAGAAAUUUGGACGGGCGGAAAUAUCGGUUUUGCUGGCGGGGCUUGUUGGGAAUUUUGAGAUGGAGUGGAUAGGGGAUGGAGCUCCGCGAGUGGCUUUUGGGGGGGUGGUUAGAAUGGUUGAACCGCUUGCUGUUCGAUUCAAAACUUUGGAUUCGUGA